GGUCCUUUUACAGUUUCACUUCAUUUAUUUAGUUAUUCACAUCCUGGGCGUCUCCUGGGUGCUGCAGUGUCAUGAGCGGUAAAAGUCAUUGCAGUGUAUAAACCUAGAAGCGAAAAACAAUGUAUAAAGGAUGUUCAUGAGAAGCGAAUAAAGGUCCUGGGAUGAGCAAGAAGAUAUAGAUUAGGGUUUGAUUAAUAAAUUUUUUUUUUAAUAUAUAUAUUUAGAUCAAAAUUAUCCAGACUCUGUAAUGGAUAGGUUUGGGACACUCCAACUCUUCACUGCAGUUUCUCUGUUAGGCCAUGUGUGUCAUUGCUGGCAAGCCAGUGUACCCAAAACAGUCACAGCCAUCAGGGACAGCUGUGUGUUAGUGCCAUGCAGCACGAUCCCGUACAGUAAAGUCAACUGGUAUAAGUAUAAAACCUUUAGCUCCCCAGUUGUGUACUCCAAUGUCCAGAGUCACAUACUCGAAGAAUUUAAAGGAAGAACAUCAGUCCCGGGUGACGCCAAAAAGGGAGACUGCAGUUUAAGGAUAAACAAUGUCCAGAAGGAAGACGGCGAAAUUGAUCUGUACGUAUGGGUCUUUAAACCUGAUGGAAGUCAUGAUGGAUUUGAAUACCAUACCACUAAAAUAAACAUUUUAAAUCCCACACAUCCUAUUAUAACAGCAGACAGUAUUCAGGUGGAUGGAAAGGCUUUCACUGCAAAGUGUAAAUUCCGCACUUCCUGCCCCACACCACCAGAGAUGUUCUGGAAAGGUUUGGAUAAAAUUUCUAAUAAACUGAUCCACACACAGAACAGUGACACGUUAUGGUACACCGAGAUCAUCGGUACGAUCAUCGUAAGUCGCAAGAACCAGGGCGCACAACUCAGCUGCACCGCCAAGCUCAAUAAGCAGGAGUUUCAAAGUACUUCGAUCACGCUCGACGUCUUAUAUGCCCCGACGGAUGUGAGAGUAGAUUUCACAGGAAAGAACACUGUGGUCGAAGGUCAAAGUAUCUUGCUUGUAUGUACCAGCAAUUGCAGGCCUUCACCAACAGACUACGAGUGGGUUGUCAACCAGGACAGCAACACAAAACGCUACAACGGAAGAACUGUUGUCCUGAACAAUGUUACAAGAAACACAUAUGUUUCCUGCAUCGUCAUUAACUCCGUAGGACGCAAUGAAUCAAAGGAGCUACCGCUCACUGUCCACUAUCCUCCAUCCAUCUUGCCGGGGUCGUUUUGCUCCGUGUCGAACAGACUACUAAAGUGUGUGUGUGAAGCUGUGGCCAAGCCAGACGCUGAGAUCUCUUGGACCAUAGAUGGCAGCAGUACACUUUCUCCUGCCUUGAACACCACGACCAUGCUCACUGAUAAUGUGACGGUGUCGGAGUUGACCGGACAGUGGGACGACGGGGGCAAUAUCGCAUGCACAGCAACAAACAUCGCAGGGAGCAAAGUUCACCAAAUAGACAUUGACAAACGGGUUGAUUCAUUAGUGCUGGAGGCUGGGGUUGGAGCAGCCUGUGUGUGUGGCAUGUUAGGAGUUGUGACAGUGAUCAUGAUUUGUAAAAAGAGACGCCGAGCAGAACCACCUACAGACCUCAUCGCUGUUCAGACUGUGAGGUCUGCUAAAAUAAGCCAAAACAAAAGGUUAAGUUUUGAUGAAGACCUGUAUGUGAACGCAGAGCAGUUUGAAAAGAAGUGUAAAGAACAGGUAACGUCACAGGAUGCAGAGUCUUGUAUCUAUGAGAAUUAUGACAAAAGGCCCUGAAUCAAGAGGAAUCGAGAUGGCGACGCAUUCAACGUAAAAGAAAGUUUUGUGCAUUGGUGUGAUGGUCAUUUAAACAUUUCUGCUCUGAUUAAUUAUUAUGUCGCUUUGUAGAAGCCAACAUUCCGUUUUCCUAUUUAAGCUUAGACAAAAAUUUAUCAAGAGUAACUCCUCCUAUGGCUUUCGAGCUAUAUGGACCAAAUUCGGGUAUGUUGUAGACCCUGGUCUGAAGUUUGUUGCUCUUACUUUUCUAAGCGAUCCGAGUACCGGUACUUCCGGUACCGCGUCUCAAAAUGGCCUUUUUCCCCCAUAGACUCCCAUUAUAAAUUUUGGA